AUGCACAAACCGUUGAUGCGAAUCCCUUACACUGACAUCCUCCCGUCGCCAACAAUCAUCCCAGCCUCGGCUCACUCGCUCACCGGCGCUCUCACUGCUCUCCACAACUUUUUCACUGCUCCUCCGCCCAAUCAGCUGCCUACCUCUGCCGUCGUGCUCACGGGUGCUGGACUCUCCGUGUCAUCGGGGCUGCCUGACUAUCGAGGAAUCAAUGGCACGUAUCGAGUGAAUAAGACAUAUCGGCCCAUCUACUACAAUGAGUUUACACAAAACCACGAGGCUCGAAAAAGAUAUUGGGCAAGAAGCUUCCUUGGGUGGCCUAAUCUUCUCAAGGCAAAUCCAAAUACGGGACACUACGCUAUCAGGGAUUUGGGGGAGAUUGGGCUGAUCAGUGCCGUCAUUACUCAGAAUGUUGAUUCGUUUCAUCCUAGAGCUCAUCCCCGGAUACCCUCGCUCGAGCUCCAUGGCUAUCUAAGGUCCACCAAGUGCACUACCUGCCAUACCGAAUACCCGCGUGAGGAUUUCCAGCGCCACCUUGCCCGACUUAACCCUCGCUGGGCAACUUUGCUCCAAGAAGCAACGGCGUCGGGAGCUCUCAAUACCGAGGAUCCUGAGGAAAAGAAGUUCAGGGGCUUAAAAGUCAACCCAGAUGGCGACGUUGACCUUCCCGAUGCGCCUUACACCACAUUUAGAUACCCUCCGUGCCCUCGAUGCUUGGCCGACCCGCCGAUCAAAGCAGAGGGUUUCAGACAUACAGUCAGGGCAGACAGCGAUGGUGCAUGGAUACUGCCGAGCACAGCUGGCAUAUUAAAGCCCAAUGUCGUCAUGUUUGGUGAAAAUAUCCCCAGCCAUGUCCGCACAGCCGCUGAAGAUGCCGUCGAUAAUGCCGGCAAGCUCCUUAUCCUUGGGACUUCGCUUGCUACUUAUUCGGCGUGGAGGUUGGUCAAGAGAGCCAAGGAUAGGGGCAUGCCCAUCGCCAUCGUAAAUAUGGGCGGAGUGAGAGGAGAGGACCAAUUCUUUGCCGACCUGGACCCUAGCCAAGCCGGUGAGCUUGCUGUAAGAGUGGAAGUAUCGACGGAUGAAGUUCUCCCGGCUCUGGUCUCGCAGCUUCGUCAGAAGCUAGCAUCAAGCGCAUUGUCUCACAAUGCCUCGAUCAGCAAUGCUUCGCAAGAGAACUCGUACGCCUUCAAAGAUAUGCUCUCUUAG